GUGCUGGGCGGUGCUCCACAUCGUCCCACAGACGUCCUCGGCUGAGGUGGCGGCACCCGCCAACAACAGCUCGCCCAGGCCUCCAUCAGACCACGCCCAUCUGCCCUCCAACAUCUCAUUGGAGGAUUCUGAGAAAGCGGGAGAGAUCGCCACCAUCCCUCUGACCAAGAUCAUCGUUCAGCGGUACCACACCUACUGGUGGGUGGCUGAGCUCAUCCAGGUGUUCAUCGCCAUCAGCGUCACCGUGUCCUUCCUGGUGAUGGGGUCAGCCAUGAAACACACACUGGACGGGUUGGUGAGCUCGCUGUGGGCGUGGAAGCUGCAGGGGCUGACGGAAGUGUGGGAGCGGCUCUUCCCAAACCACCAUCACAUGUGCUCAGCAAGAAGUUUUGUCAAAGGUUUUGUAUCCCUGCUCGCGUUUGGGAUCAUCUUCAUCGUGUCCGCAUGUGACCCCAGGGGGUUUGUGGUCAUGCUGGACAAAGUGGUGUCAUUCUCCCUGAACACGGAGGUGGGGCUGUUUGUCUUCAUCAUGCUGAGGGAAUCUAGAGAACAGCGCUUCCAACACCUACCGAUCCCUCUGCCGGUGGGAAGCUGUACCUUCAGCUUCUCGUGGCUGCUGCCCACCUACUUCCUGUUUGCAGUGAUCUACGACGUCCUGCAGACGCUGGCCGAAGUGUCUCACUAUUUCCCAUUCCACAGCCUGACUGAGGAGACACGCCCACUCAACCGGACGGAAAGCGUCACUGCAGCUAAUUGGACUACGUCCGUCUGACCUCAGAAGUGCAGGAGAGCAACUGAGGAGUCUGAUAAGGCAUGAUGGCUUCACCUCUGCAGCUAAAAAUGGAUGACUCUGGUGCACACACCUGUCCUGUGUCCACGACACUUUUGUGCAGAAGUGCAAGAACAUAAUAUAAUGAAAAGAACAGAGAAGCCAGAGUAGCACUGAAGUCCACCUCAAAGCACUCACAGAAAAAUGUGGAGAAGAAGUCCUUCAGCUUCAGCAUGUUUACAGAAAAACACAUGUAUAGACAUUUGUAGGCAUCACAUAGCAGCUGGAGACUGAAAACACUGAAUUCAAGAGACUUCAGGGGGAAAAUCUGCACCAGCUUUGAAGUGUCAUACUGUAAACAACCAGCAGGGGUCAGAUCCACAGACACUAUCUAAGCGUAUUUCAGGAAGAACUGACUCCUGGAUGAAUCUAGUAGUCAUUACAUCAAAAAGGUUAAUUCAAUUAGACUCUGUGAACUAUAUUUACUCCUUAAACAGUGUUUACUGAGCUGCUGAAAUCUCUAAUCCUACCGCCGUAGAGUAUGUCUACUGCCACACACAGCACAGUUAAGGACCUGAAGACCACAUCUGCAUUAAAACACUUAGAUUGCAGCAUACUUUUAUUCUUUUGCUUCUAAUUUAAAGAGAAGCUCACGUACAUCUUAAUCUGGAUGAAAGUUGUGUUGGGGAGUAUUGGCAGCAGAGGACCUAGAUGCAUUUAUGAGACCCCUAACUCAAUAUCUUUAUCAAAAUUUUUCUACAAAAAUAGCAAAAAAAAAAAAAAAAAAAAGAAGAAAACACUGAAGAUUAUUUACUACAUACUUUCUGCCCUGUAGUUCAUCAUCAUUCCACUAGGGGCAGCAGAAGGGCUUUUUCAGCUUAUUUCAAAAUGGCCGCUUCCAUGAAAUGCACUUUUUGCGGGAAAAAGUUAUGCUAAUUUUCAAAGCUUUAUGGGGAGCUUAACUCAUCUUUUGUUGUCUGUUUUUUAAAGGACUACUUGCUGUUCUGAUACAAUGCAAAACUUGUUAAAAAUCAAUUCUUUACAACA